AUGUCGUCGGCCCACUCGCGCGCGCAGUCGCCGAGCAAUAGCAGCCAUGGAGGCAUCCGAGGCAACAGCAGCAGCAGCUCGUCCUCCUCUUCCUCCACCUCGUUGGACGACGCUGUGGGCUCCGCGACCAUCAACGGCCCGUACCGCGUCGGCAACUCGGACGGAGACACGUGCUCGUACCACGCGCUGCAGGAGGGCGAGUCCUGCCGGCAGCCGCGCACGUGCUACGAGUGCCUGAACUCGGACGUGGCCGGCGUGAGCGACGGCUGCCUGCUGGCGCCCUCGGGCUUCUGCGAGGACAUGUCGAGCUACGAGGCCAACCUGGACUUCCGCCGCAACACGACGGGCGAGGACCUGGGGCUCACGGGCUGGUACAACUACUUUCCGUCGAUCAACUCGACGUACUGCGAGCCGACGGACGAGGCCUGCGUGCUCUGCGACGAGCUCGUGAACAACGGCAGCCUGGGCCAGGCCUCGCACUGGGGCUACGGCGCGGAGAAUGUAUCCACCGAGGUCGAGCGUCAGUUCUGUCUCGGCUCGGACGGCUGCGUUUGCGUCAUGGCCUGCGAGACCGACAACUGGGAGACCAACAUGCCGGCCGAGUGCGACACCAACGGCAGCAACUCGGGCAACAACAACAACUCGUCCACGGACGCCACGAGCUACAGCACCAUGCUCAUCUUCUACCUCGUGCUGCAGGUGGCGCUGCUCGCCGUGUUCAUGUACAGACGCGGACUCUGCAGGAGAAUGGCUCCGCAGAGACCUCCGCCGCGAGCUGAAGGACCGUACAAUAACGUGAACGCUAUCACGUCGCCGUCCAACCGGCUGCGGCUCUCCGGGUGGCGCAAGAUGCAGACCAACCUGAUCGAACGCGAGAAGAAGCAGCGCGCAGUGCAGCCGCAAUACAUGGCGUCCCCAAGGGUGGAGGGCGCGACUGUGCUAGUGGAGGAGGAGGAGACGACCGCUCCGGCGCGGCCGCUGUCGCCACAGGACUCUGCACGGAACAAUGAAUCUGCUCGGGCAGCGUACACCGAGGUGCAGGACGACCCGGUCGCCGUUGCGAGAGCAAGCACAUGUAGCAGAGACCGCAAAGACAGCGUUGGUACAGACCAGGAGGUGGCAAGCGUCGACAGCGACGUCGUGGUCGUCGAAGGGUCUUAUGAGGAGAGGAUAGGCACGCGGGCCGAUCGCGCGUCGUCCACGGUUGCGAUGCUCGAGGCUCGCCGGGAUGCCGCUUAG